CUAAAAGCUUUCCAGACUAUACACUCAGACAAAAAAACAUGGUUUUGCCAGCUAACUUAUGUCCCCGAUGUGGAGAGCCUUCUUUGGUCUCCGACAUCACCACAAACUCGGGGAAUUUGACAUGUAGUAGUUGUGGAACAGUGGUUCACGAAAACCCUAUAGUCAGUGAAGUUUCCUUUGGAGAGAAUGCUUCGGGUGGUGCUGUCGUACAAGGUACAAUGGUGGGACUGGACCAAGCCCGUGUUCCCAUCUCCGGGCGCCAGAACGCAAUGGAAUCCCGGGAUCAGACAAUGUUGACAGGUAGGCGUAAUAUCAAGGAUUUGGCGGCUUCUUUAAAUAUACCAGAUUAUAUUUCCGAUGCUGCUCAUGGAUGGUUCAAGCUAGCAUUGAACACCAACUUCGUACAAGGACGGCGGUCGCAGAACGUGACGGCGGCGUGCUUGUACAUUGCAUGCAGAAAGGAGAAGACGUCACAUUUGUUGAUUGAUUUCAGUUCACGGCUCCAGAUCUCUGUGUUUUCCUUGGGUGCCACCUUUUUGAAGAUGGUGAGAACGUUGAACAUUACCAAGUUGCCGUUGGUGGAUCCUUCGUUGUUUAUUUCACAUUUUGCUGAAAGGUUGAAUCUCGAUCGGGAAAAGCCUAAUAGCACCAACCAGGUGAUACUGGAUGCCAUUAAGAUCUCGUUUCGAAUGGCCAAAGACUCCAUUGUUGAGGGAAGAAGACCGGCUGGUGUGGCUGGUGCGUGUGUAAUGAUGGCUUUGAGAAUGAACGGGUUUCAGAAGGAUCCUUCCGAGAUUGUGGCCAUUGCGCAUGUUUCAAGUGACACUCUUCAGGCAAGAAUGGACGAAUUUAAGAGAACUUCUUCCGGGAAGUUGCGGAUCCGGGAGUUCAGAGAUAAGAGUGAGCAGGCCGAAGCAGCAAUGCCUCCUUCAUAUACGAGGAAUAGAGAACGACUGAAGAAGGAUAUCGCUGCUGCUGAGGGCUCUCUUGUAGAAGUCAGCGAGACGGAUAGUCGGUCAGCUACAACUCAUCUAGAAACUCUGGCAGACACCCAGCCGCAGGAAACAGAUUCACAAUAUGUCCCACAAAACACAGACUCGACGGUCACAAACUCUCAGGUAACCUCCCUAAACACAGACUCACAGGACGAAGAUUACAUGGAGUCAAGGGGUGAGGAAACCAUUUCGGAAAUCAAGGUUGCCAAGGACGCUCCAUCGUUUGUUCAUGAAAUGGCCCUGUUGGGAUUCAACCCCGAAUUGCUCCAGCAUGACUUUGAACGUUACAAAGACAUCAUAGAAAAAGGAUAUUCGCUUGACUAUCCCGAGCCUGAGCCUACAUCUGAUUCGGAGACCGCUGAUAAAGAAGAAGAGUUCGACCCCAAUAAGCCGCAAGGACUCGUCAAGUACUGUAAGCCUUCACUGUACUACUUGGACUUGGUUUCCUCCAGUGCAGAUUUAGACGAUGUUGAGCUUACUGAGGCAGAGGAAAACUGGUACCUUAAUUCGGAUGAAAUGGCUAAGGCCAAGGAACAGUUGUGGUUAAGUAUGAACAAGGACUACUUGCUUGAGCAGGAGAGAAAGAGAUUGAAGGCUGAAACCGAUGAGUUGACUGGAAACACAUCUGGUAAGAAGAAGCGUAGAAAGACGAAGGCUGACCGCGAAAAGGGAAUCAUUGAUGAAACUCUCGAGGCCCUUACGGGUGAACCAAGAACUCCUGCUGACAGUGUUAAGCAAAUGAUGCAAAGAAAGACAUUUUCCAAGAAAAUCAACUAUGAUGCCUUGGACAACUCCGGGUUGUUUUUAUAGAUAAUUAUGUAUAAUGAAUGAAAUUUAGAAAUUCAGAGGUUUGUAAACUUAGGUCCUUCAGCAAUAAUUAUAUGUCUAAGACCUUCAAAGAUAGAAGACCCCGAAGAUUCUUUAUUUGCAACAAUUGAAGAGACACAGAAAACUUCCAAAGGAACAGGAACAAAUCCUAACAAGUGUUUUGCUUGAUUAGUGCAUACCGUAUGUUAGUGACUACAAUUAUGAAAUCUAUUGGCAGUGGCUAUCCCAUAAUGGCUCCUGCGGUGGACACAUCCACACCACAAACAUCUUUUUGUAACAGUUAUUUC